UGCGCAGUUCCGGCGGCAGCGGGAGGGCGGGGGCCGGGCAGAGCCGCCGCGGCCUCGGCAGCAGCUGCAGCCGGAGCUGCCGGAGCGGCGCGGGGGGCCAGGCCCCCGUCAUGGAGAUCGAGAAGGAGUUCCAGCGGCUCGACCAAGCCGCCAGCUGGGCCGCCAUCUACCAGGACAUCAGGCAUGAAGCCAGUGAUUUUCCAUGUAAAGUGGCCAAACAUCCCAGAAACAAAAAUAGAAAUAGGUACAGAGAUGUCAGCCCCUUUGAUCACAGUCGAAUUAAGCUAAACCAAGGUGAGAAUGACUAUAUCAAUGCUAGCUUGAUAAAAAUGGAAGAGGCCCAAAGGAGCUACAUCCUUACCCAGGGACCUUUGCCAAAUACUUGUGGUCACUUCUGGGAGAUGGUUUGGGAACAGAAAAGCCGUGGUGUUGUCAUGUUGAACAGAGUGAUGGAAAAGGGAUCUGUAAAGUGUGCACAGUACUGGCCACGGAAGGAGGAGAAAGAAAUGUUUUUUGAAGACACAAACUUGAAACUAACGUUGAUAUCUGAAGAUAUCAAAUCCUACUACACAGUACGACAGCUGGAAUUGGAAAACCUGAGUAGCCAGGAAACUCGGGAGAUUCUGCACUUUCACUACACCACCUGGCCCGACUUUGGCGUGCCGGAGUCGCCGGCGUCGUUCCUGAAUUUCCUCUUCAAGGUGCGGGAGUCGGGCUCGCUGAGCCCCGGGCACGGCCCCGUGGUGGUGCACUGCAGCGCUGGCAUCGGCCGCUCGGGCACCUUCUGCCUGGUGGACACCUGUCUGCUGCUGAUGGACAAACGGAAAGAUCCUUCUUCUGUGGAUGUAAAGCAGGUUCUCCUGGAAAUGAGGAARUACAGGAUGGGGCUCAUCCAGACUGCAGAUCAGCUGCGCUUCUCCUACUUAGCUGUCAUUGAAGGGGCAAAAUUCAUCAUGGGAGAUGCUUCAGUGCAAGUGAGUGCUCCUCAAAGCUCCCAGGGAAUUGCAGCCAGGGGGUGGGAGGAGCAGGAUGGAAAGAAGCUUCAGAUUUGGUGCUUGCUUCAGCUUCACAUUAGUCACGACACUGAAAUCCGGAGGAGAACUGUUGGGGACACCCCGCGCCUCUCACCCCACCACGACGAGCCCGGCAAGGCAGAAAGCCCCGAGGAGGAGGAUGACAACGUGGUGACCACUUGGAAACCCUUCCUAGUGAAUAUCUGCAUGUUCACCUUCCUGACAGCAGGAGCUUAUCUCUGCUACAGGGUGUGUUUCCACUGA